GCUUUGUUUUCUUUCUUCUCUCUCUCUUUCUGUUGUUUCCUUUGACGCUGCUAUGGAUAUUACAGUCGAACUUUCACCAGUUGAGGCUGAAAGUGACGCUGUUUAACGAUCAUGAAUGAAGAGCAAAUGUGAGAUAUAUGCCGCAUAUUUCCAGUCUGCAGAUCUGGUCCUGUGGGCGUCAGUAUCACACAGUGAUCACAGUUCACACCUGCAGUGAAGCCCCUCCCACAACAAUUCACCAAUAAAUACUGGGAAUAUUCCCAUCAUCCUACAAGAGAAGGACAAAAUCCAGGAGUAGCAGCUGAAAUCUGUGUGACUGUUAAAGAUGGAGUUUAUUAAAGAGGAGAUGGAGUUUAUUAAAGUGAAAAUUGAAGACAUGACUGAUCCAGAACCAUCCAGAAUAAAACAAGAAGAUACUGAGGAACAAAUAGACCAGAUGGAAGUGAAGGAGCAAAGACAGACGCUAAAUGAAGUGAAGAAACACUGCGACUUCAAAACUCAAGAAACAAAAGCCAAAAAGCUGCACUCCUGCUCUCAAUGUGGAAAGAGUUUCCAAAAGAAAAUAAACCUUAACAGACAUUUGAAAAUUCACACUGGAGAGAAACCGUAUCCAUGCACUCAGUGUGAGAAGAGUUUUACUCGUGCUUCAGCUCUCAAGUAUCAUCUGCUCUAUCACUCUGGAGAAAAACCAUUCAACUGUGAUCAGUGUGAUAAAGAUUUUAUUUCAUCAUCACAACUAAAACAACACCUGAAAGAUCAUUCAGAUGAGAAGCCUUAUGUGUGUUCUCUCUGUGGAAAGAGUUUUUCACGGCUGGACAGUUUUAAACGUCACCAGAAAACACAUGAUGAAGUGAAAGAUCAUGUGUGUUGUGACUGUGGAAAGAGCUUUACAAGAUCUAGUCAUCUGAAACAGCACCAAAGAAUUCAUACUGGAGAAAAACCUUACAAGUGCUCAUAUUGUGACAAGAGUUUCACUCAGGCUGGAAACCUGAAACUACAUGAGCAAAGUCACUCUGGAGAGAAGCUGUACCACUGUACUGACUGUGGAAAAGGUUUUACUUCAACAUCAUGUCUCAAAAUGCACCUAACUUGUCAUACAGGUGUCAAACCUCACUUGUGUUCUCUCUGUGGAAAGAGUUUCAGUCAAAAAGGAAACCUUAACGCACACAUGAGAAUUCACACUGGAGAGAAACCGUAUCCAUGCACUCAGUGUGAGAAGAGCUUUGCUUUACUAUCAGCUCUCAGUUAUCAUCUGCACGUUCACUCUGGAGAAAAACCAUUCAAGUGUGAUCAUUGUGGGAAAGGAUUUAUUUCAUUAUCAAAUCUAAAUUCACACCUGAUAGUUCAUUCAGAUGAGAAGCCUUAUGUGUGUUCUCUCUGUGGAAAGAGUUUUCCACGGCUGAACAGUUUUAAACAGCACCAGAAAACACACGAUUAAGUGAGAUAUCAUGUGUGUUGUGACUGUGGGAAGAGAUUUAUUACAUCUAAUCAUCUGAAACGGCACCAAAGAAUUCAAAUUGGAAAAAAAAACCUUACAAGUGCUCAUACUGUGACAAGAGUUUCGUUCAGUCUAGAUCUCUGAUUCACCUUGGACACGAAUAGCGCGUCUUUGUUAAAAGAAAAACCACUGUACUCAGUGUGAGAAAAGUUUCAGAAAUUCCACAGGUUUAAAAAUCCAUCUCUGCUUUUACUCUGGAGAAAAAAAAACAUUUAAAUGAUCAGUGUGGUAAAGACUUUAAAGGUGCCAUAUGGGAUA